UACUCGCACUGGUGUGUAACGCUGGGGAGGUAUUAUUGGGUGUCACAUCUUCAACUCAGUUCGCUGCACACAAAACCACGAGCGGUUCACCAGAGAUCGUUUACUCGAACGCUACAUGAUUUUCGAUAAAUCGCACCACGUUGCGCAAGGAAGUAUUAAGAAGGAGAAGAAGCACAAACCGAGGAACAGUCAACGCUGAAUGUGUAGAAUAAGGAAGAAGAAUAUUGGUCCGUUGACUCGUUGUUGACACUCGUAAGGAGUUGUUGGGAUCUCUCAAGCCCAGCCAUGGAAGAAGUGAUACGGAGAUUUCUUUCCUGAUGCUGCGAUCUCACGCGGACACGAAGUUGCUGGCCUCCGCCGUGGUCGUCUGGGAAUGGCUGAACGAGCACGGGCGCUGGCGGCCGUACAGCCCAGCCGUGUCUCACCACAUAGAGGCGGUGAUAAGAAGCGAUCCCCGCGGCGGCAGCGUCGUUUUAGGCCGAGCUGACAGCCGCCUGUCGCCCUACAUCAUCGAUCUACACUCCAUGCAUCAGUUCAGACAGGAUACCGGUACGUUAAGACCAGUGCGACGGAGUUUCUAUGACCCCACCUCAGCACCAGGCCAAGGUUGGAUAUGGGAGUGGGAAAAUGAUGCAGGUUCCUGGACGACCUAUGACAUGGAGGUGAUCAUUGCCUUGCAAGCAGCAUGGGACCGACAGCAACCCUGGCUGGAUCUGACAUCGAUGGGCUUUUGUUACUUUGUGGACUUCCAGACCAUGACCCAGAUUAACAGGCAAACACAGCAGCAGCGGCGCAUCCAGAGACACUCAGACAUGGUUUACCCACUAGUCUCUGGGCCACUGUCUAAAACCUCACAGGCUUGGGGUACAGGCUCAGGGUCUGGAGGAAUUGCUAAAGGACUUACAUCAGGUGGGGGCUCAAACGGGGCACUUCUUGGGUUAGGUGUUUCUGGAUCUACCUUGAGUAGAAAAGGAAGUGCGGUUUACCCAAGCGGGACGCUUUCGGUAUCAUCUCUCGCUCCUCCUGGACAGCCAUGCACCUGCCAGCAGUGCAUGCUGGUGUUGAGUGUAAAGGCAAAUGGCACCUCAGCACAGACACUGGGACGUGCAACAAAGCCAAACAGUCCUAAAUCCAACUUUGGGACACUUCCAUCCACCUCUGCGUCCAUGUCUGUUUUAAACUCCUAUUCUCAUACACUACCACAUGGCACGUCUUUAAAAUGCUCGCUCUCAGAAGAAGCCAAGAAUUCUGCUACUUUUGAUCAGUCAUUGUCUCUUCUCACAUCGGGCACUGCCAAUCUCUCAGUCUCCUCCAGCCGCCCACCGCCUCCAACUCUGCCAUCGCCGAAUCAGCAGCCUUCAUCCGCCCCAAGCUCUUCGUCUUCUGCAACAUUUGUGCCAACCGCCAUGCUUAUUAACACAUCAACCAGUCGCUCAUCAUCCACAGAUUUGACGUCAUCUUCAACAUCGUUGCCUUCUCAACGCUCUGCUGCCUGUGCUGCCCCUCUGCCAUCUCGUGCCAGUCUGACAGGGCUUAGUCGGCCUGCUUUGCAGAGAAUUGCCAUGGCACAGUCACGGGCCCUUAUUGCCUCUGGGGUACCGACAGUACCAGUGAAGAAUCUUAAUGACUCCAGCACUGUCCAUCCGGCUUUAGCUGGUAUUACGGGUAUUCUGAUGAGUGCAGCAGGACUACCAGUAUGUUUGACCCGUCCACCAAAACUAGUUCUGCAUCCCCCACCUGUCAACAAGAGUGACAUAAGACCAAUUCCUGGCAUUGGGAAGUGUUGCCGCAAGACCACCAAGAAACAAGCACGCAAAGGUAGAACACCUGAGGAAGUGGUAAAAAGGUACUUGCAGAAGGUCAGGAAUCCACCAGAAGAAGCAUUGAGGCUGUUAUUGGUGGCGUGGGAUCGACGGCUGAUCUUCUCAGUGGGCACCUCCAGCACCACAGGAGAAUCAGACACUGUCAUCUGGAAUGAGAUCCAUCACAAGACAGAAUUUGGCUCCAAUCUUACUGCACAUGGCUAUCCAGAUUAUGGCUAUAUUGACAAUGUACUGGAGGAGCUUAAAGCCCAGGGCAUCACUGAAGACGAGGAACAGCAACUGUGAAGAGGACGGGAUGUGCUCGAUGGCAGUGAAAAAAAAAAUGGUACUAGAUGUUCUAGGAGUGCAUCUGAGCUCAGAAAUACAUGUGAAUUCAUAUUAAAAAGAGAACUCUGAUACCGGUAUAAAACAAUGUGACCAAUUGGUACAAAUAACUAUGUAAAUGAGGUACAAGUCAGCAAGUAUCCUAAUCUCAAUACAAAUUAGGGCAUGAAGUAACCCAACUAACAUGAGAAUGAUAUUUGGUUAAAGGUGAAAGAUAGGUUUGAAAGAAAAAGGAAAGUGUGAAAAGCAAGAAUGGGAGGUGGAGGGGACUCGUGAGGUAGAAAAAUGAGGGAAUAGAAAGACUAAGGAAAUGCAGGUUAUUGAAGCAGUGUUGACGUGUUUUAACUGCUUAAGCGAUGUUGCAGUGUGAGUUUGUGUAAGUUGUGUUAAACCGUAAGUGUGGGUGUGUUUAUAGUCAACUCUGGUACCUCUAACUGGAUUACUUACUCUCAAUCUGUUUACUAGAACUCAGAAGUAUAGUUUAGUGCAUAUGAAUGCUUGUAUUAUAAUUUGUAUUCUCAUACAUCAUCAUUCCUUGUUUUCAUGUAUUGAGAAUUUCUACUAUUUUUGUACGGAUGAUAACGUGUGCAUAAGAUUCAGAGUUUUGAUUCAUCAAAAUAGAGCAGCAUUUUAAUAUCAGCUGAAAAUCACUUUUAUGGAAACAUUGAAUUCAUUUAUGCUGGUUUAUAUGAAGCAUGAGAAAACCAACUAAUUGUUCUUCCUCAGAUAAUUUAAGUACUUUAUUUGCUCGUUGAGGUAAAAGAUGUCUCUAAUGCAUCUAAUAGUUAUAGAUUGUAGAAUAUCACAUUUUCACGGUACAGGAAACCAAUUUGGUGGUUUAAGCCAAGAAGUGCUGCUUUACUCCACAUUCAGCAUUAAAUAUGUUCAGCUUUAACACAGAAGAAAGCUAUAAGCAAAUGAAUUUAGACAGUGAGAUGACAGAAGGAAUAGCAAAUGCUUCAUGGCUAGAAAGAUGGGUAGUUUAAUGAUCCCUAAGGGUCAGUUUAGUAAAAGUUUGCCAAAAUGAAUUUUUUUUGCAUAAACUGUUGCAUCUCUUUUCAACUGUUCUUUACUGUCCUUAUAUCCUGUUUUUAGGCCAGUCUGUAAUGCUAGGUCUUAUAUUGACCUGUUUUAUAAUGAUCCACUUCUAAGAACGUGCCAUUGUUUGGUAUGUGUGUAUUUGUGCAUGUGUGAGCCCGUGCAACAUGUGUAUGUUUGCAUUUGUGCUUGAUUAAAUGUAAGAGUGUAUGCUGUGCAUCCACAACACAGAGGUACGGUGUUAUUCAUCUGCAUAAUUGUCUUCAUGCAUUUCUGUUUGCAUUUCUCUUUUAUAUUAAUGUUUUCUUCUAUUUUCCUAGUUUAUUUUGUUUUAAGAAUGUUUCAUACUGAGAAAUUUUAUACUUAAAGUUGAGCCUUUUUGGUUUAUUUUUGUCUGUCUACACAACAAAUGCUAUAUUUGUUCAUAUGAAGUUGGGGGCGGGGGAAUUAGCUUAGAAGUCGACCAACUGCAUUAUGUAGAGUUUUGUAAUCUGUUAAGUAUUAAGAUAAAAUGAUCAAAUAAAAAUGUGUAAUUUUGUGAGGGGGGGGGGAACUUUUUGACAAGUGGAGAAUUAAGCAUGAUAAUACCUGUACAUGAAAAUUAAAAAAAAGAAAAAGAGAAAUCGAAUGCUUUCGCCGUCAUUGCAUCAUCAUUCACUUUUCAUAAAAUACUGUAGGACAUUUUGUUAUGGUAAUCUGUAGCUUUUAUGCAUAAUGAUAUAUGAAACAUAAAGUGCAUUUAGAAAACACUUUAAUUUGUUUUGUCUUUUUUAAUAAAUUG